AUGCCUCAGAACCUAUCGAAACGGAAGAGCCCUGAAGUGUUUAGUCCAGCGGUGGUACAGACGACGCCGAUUGUCCAGACCUGUCAGCGCAGCACAAGUAGGACCAGUCCUCCCACGACACACAUAUCGGUGUCAACAGCCGGUGCUGUGGCGGCCAUCGAUGGGAUGCAACACUUGCCCAACAAAUGCAGUGAAUGCGACCUCAGCUUUAAUCUGAAGCCUAGUCUUGACCAGCAUUUGUUGACACACGUCAGCCCAACAUUUACUGUUCAAAGGGCAGGCAGAGGAAGGCCGGCGAAAAACGACUCACGAGUACUGCGAGUGACGGACUCCGACCUAAACAUCCUCCGUAUGAACGAUGCGUUUGGGAAACUGCCGGAAGGACUCAUCAGUUUGUCGGCGUUGGAGGAGUUGAGGCGCCAUAAAUUCACGGGCUUUGGCAGAUACCGGUGCCCGUGGCCCGACUGCGGCUAUACCCCGCACUUCCUGCGCGAUUUGCGUCGACAU